GUGACAUUGUGUGUAGUCUAUUAGUCUAUAUCUAACGGUGACGUACACAUCUAGUUUCGGUUUAGAUUUCCAUAAGGAAGAUAUUGUCAGCCAUUAUGAAAACUGUGUGAAUUAUUUCUUCAACAACACAGGUUCAAGAUGUCCCACAAUCCACAGACUAGGAGUAAGACACGUGGUGGGAGAUCAGAUUCAUUAGAUCGUGAUGUAAGAUGUCGUAUCAAAAUUACAACCCAACCAUCUAUGAAUAUAAUCAUAUACCCUGAACCACUAGAUAUAACAAUAUACCAGCUCUUACAGGUAUAUAAAGUCAACCACCUUAAACAACAACUUGUAAAUGAGCUGUCGCAAUUUAAAUGUGUUCUGGAUGCCUUACCCAAACCUCCUUGUCGUAUGAUUUCGGCCACGCUAACGGGCACAAGACGGGAGAAGCUCAAAGACGACAUCAUUCAAUUAUUAAAUAAGUUUUCUUCGUUCUGUGAGGAAUGUACUGUCUCACGACAAACCUACAAAAUAUUGAAAGAUAGUGAUUUCCUGUUUACUAUAAUAGAUAACAGAGGCAGUGAGAUAGAUAUAGUUUAUUGUAAAAAUGAUUCCAUAGAAUGGGCAGUGGACUUGAGAAGUUGGAGUGAGGCGCAGAAACUAUAUUUGAUGUCAUUACUAGACAAGGCGCACCAAACAAUGUACAAACUCGAACUCAAUGGAAACAAAAUAAGGAUAUUUACUAAUCCUCAAACCAUUGAUUUGAUACAUGUUGUAUGUUGUAAUAUUGGUAUUGAUGGGAAAGAUAAGGGUGAUUACGAUAGGAUACAUCGUAGUACCAGUAAUGAAACACACGUUAAUACCAAUAUUGGUAACGGAAAAGAUGGACUACACAAUAAUAAUUCACAAUGGCAGUCCCCGUCUAGCCCAAGCACAGAACCAGGGGAUCGAUGUGCAUGUAAUAAUUCCCAAUGGCAGCCCACGUCUAGUUCAAACACAGAAUCAGAGAAUAUAUAUGCCCAGAAGGAUUCCCAAUGGCAGCCGUCGUCAAGUUCAAGCACAGGACCAGAGAAUACAAAUGCCCAUGACAAUUCACAUGGGCAGUCCCUGUGUAGUUCAAACACCAAACCAGAAGAGAGAUAUACCCGUAAUAAUUCCCAAUGGCACACCACGUCUAGUUCAAACACAGAGCCAGAGGAUAGAUCUGUCAAUAAUAAUCCCCAAGGGCAUUCCAUGUCUAGCCAAAACACAGAACCAGAGGAUAGAUAUGGCAAUCUUAAUUCCGAAGGACAGUCCAUGUCUUGUUCAAAUAGAGAACCGGGGGAUAUAUAUGCCCAUAAUAAUUCCCAAGGACAACCAACUCUUAAUUCAAACGUAGACCCAGGGGAUAGAUAUGUCAAUAAUGAUUCCCAAUGGCAGUCUCCGUCUAGUUCAAACACAGAAACAGGGGAUAUGACUAUCCAUGAUAAAACCAAUGUUCCAAGUACAACAUUACUAGAAGCAUGCGAUGGAGCAGUACCGGGGCCUGUACAUGGCAAUGUUAGAAUAAUUCCGGACAGAGCUGUACAACUUGGUGACAGUCGGGGUGUUCUUUAUCAUCCGGGAAAUGGACAAGAUGCAGAUUUGGGUGGUAACACAGACGAAAAAGGAGAUAAUGGCACUGGCACACAUACAGAAGAUAAGUGUCGACUUUCAUCCACCAGUCAAGACACCACGAAUUAUAAGAAUAAGGAUAGGUAUGAUGUAAAUCGAAUAGAUUUGAUCUAUCUAAAACUGUUUACUAAACGAAAACCAAUCCUGGAUAAAAUUUUAUACUGUUUUUCACAGAGCGGUUACAACCAGAGGUUAAGAUUUAACGAAGAUGGUAGUACAGAACCAUCUUUGAAUAACGAGGAGUUCUUUGCCCUGAAUGUUGCCAUUAUCAAAUUCCUGGAUAUCAAAAGGGUGUCACUAAAACAAUAUGAUCUACCAGACGGUUGGGUUGACUCCAUGAAUAUUAUUGAAAAUAGUAUAGUUGUCGAAAAACAAGAAACAUACAUCUUCAUAGUUGGACUGAAAGAUAUCGUCCAGCGAGUAUUGUUGAAUUUACGUCAAUACACGCGAAAAGGGGGUGUUAGCACAGACGAUCUUCGGGGUGAAGACAUUAAUGAAGCGGUCGAGGGCACGGAAUAUUUAGGUCCGUACAGUAUUGGAAUCAACUGUCCAUUAGAUUGUGAAUACAUCUGUAAAGAAGGAGAUCACCUACUAUAUGAACUACAGAAGACGUAUAGCUGUUUCAUAGACAUCCAACCAUUGGUUACUGGUACAAAGGAGAUUCACUUUGCAAAUUGGAUUUAUAAUUCUAAGGGAGCUGGACAUAUUGAAAUUCCAUUGAUUAUUGGUGAUCAUAGAACACUGCCAGACCAAUCUGAUAUUUUGGUGUUGGAACAAAACCAGACUGAUCAAAGCUAUGAAUCUGGGCAGCAAAGUAGUGAUAAUUUGGCACAUUACAGGAUCAUGCCAGAUCAUUCAAAGCGACAUUUAGAAGACCGUGUUAAGAAUGGAAGAUACAAAACUUUAAUAUUACUAAUGGAUAAAACCACGAAGAAAGAAACAGUUUCUUUUUUCUAUAGAGCUUGUAAAAAUUUGACCAAAAGGAUUUAUUUACCAAUGAAAUCAAGGCCACAGGUUAAUUGUUAUCUCUUGCAAACCCUGUUUGAGAAGGGUGAAUUGAAAUAUGGAGGUCAAGAUACAUUGGAAGAUGUACAACAUCAUCAGCCGUGUAAAGGACAUUAUAUUGAAAUGAAAAUUGGUCAGAUAAACAAUCAAAAGGUAAGUUGAUGUAAUUGUUGAUGUAGUAGAGAGUCAGACACUUCCACACAGAUAUGAUAUUAAAACAGUAAAAGUUUCGGAUAAACCAGUUCAAUAUAAAAUUGAAUUGAAUGUUCCACCAUACAGAUUUGACUCUUCAUCCCCAAUAAUAAGGGUGGCGUUAAUGGUGAAUGCAUGUUUACGAGAAGUAUCUGAGAAGAAGUUGGCGAGUAUAGCAUUUCCAGUUCUUUGUAUGGGUCAUGUCGGUUAUCCGGUCAACCUAGUAGCCAAGAGCAUGAUGGAAACAAUUGAUGAAUUCUUUAAAUUCCAUAACGACACAUCUUUAUGUCACGUGAUGAUAGUAAUACAUGAGCAUGGUACACGAUCUAAGGAGGUAUUCUGUGCCGAGAAUUUAUCUAGAAUAAAAGAAGGAAGAAUGGCAGGUGAUACUAUUCAUAGAGUUAAUAUAGAAAUAGCUGGAGAUAAAUUAAAGAAAAAGAAGAUAGAAAGAGCAAUCUAUAAUAUUAUCAAAAAAAAAGAGAUACCUGUAACCGUGGAUGAUGUUUCCAGCAAAAGAAGAGAAGAAAAUAUGGCUUCUAUUCGAUCUUGUGCUAUUGAAAAAAGACAUGGUUCCCACGAAUCAAGAUGUGUUAUUAUAGAAUAUACCGCCAAAGAACUUGGUAUGGCCAAUGUAAAGAAUGUGUUGGUACCAAACUUGAAGGCAGAGAUUCAACCUCUUUGUGUAGUUUCACCAUUUCAAGACAAUAUAUAUAAAGCAUUUCUGGCUUUUGGAAACAAAAAAGUGAAAGAUGAAGCCUGUGCUUUAAUAAAGAAGAAAUAUGAAACUUUUAAGUUUAUCGAUAUGCCAGCAUCGCAAGAGGUGUUAACCCCUGUGAUACAUAGGGUGAACGUACAUAUCAAGGGUUGUAACGCCCUAAAGAAGGGUUUACAGGAAGCUUCAGGUGUUUACACAAUGAGUACUAAUGGUGAAGUAUUUAUAGAAGGUUGUCCCCAACAGAUUGAGUUGGCUAAAAUAAUGUUACAAGAGAAGUAUGGUAAAAAAUAUAACCAAAAUACUGGACUCCAACCAGUACAGGUAGAACCAUGUUCAGUGAAGACAUACAAAUUUAGAGCUUUAAAAUGUCUUUUUGGUCAGGACAAAAUGAAGAAGAUUUGUGGUGAUGUCAAAGAAGCAGAUGGAGAAACACAUUUCACCCUUCCAAAAGAUUCAAAAGACAAACUGGUGGAAGAUCUGAAAGAUUUAAUGAAUAAAUUAUAUCAUGAAGAAAUUGAUGUUAAUGGCGAUAAAAUAGAAGAAGCCAAACGUUACAGUACAAACCAUGCUCAUAUGGAUACUGUCUAUGUUGAAUUUGAUACUAAAACAAGCAGUAUUCAUAUCUUAGGUGAGGAUUAUGUGGAGGUAGAACUUGUCAGUCAUCAAGCUAAAAUUGCAGUUGGUAUCAUAAAAUUUACAAAUAAAAAACAGCAACGAACACGAACAGACGAAUAUACACCCACCACUCCUCCUGUCAGUCAUGAAGCUAAAGUAGCAGUUGGUAUCCUGAAAUUAACCAAUAAAAAACAGCAACGAACAAGAACGGACGAAUAUACACCAACUCCAACUGCUGUGAAAUUAGCACCACCACUGAUCCAAGAACACAUUUUCUAUACAAAGUGUAAACAUCUGACAGUGUGUGUAAAGCAGAGCGAUAUAACUAUAUUAGAUAUUGAGGUUAUUGUAAAUUUUGCUAAUGAAAUGAUGAGGCAUGUUGGAGAAGUAGCUAGGUUUAUAGCUACAGCUGGUGGAGAUGAACUAGACAGACAGUGUAAACGAUAUAUAGAUGACAAUGGACAACUACCUGUUACUGGUAUCUGUAAAACUACUGGUGGUAAUAUGAUCUGUAAACAAGUGUACCAUGCUGUAGGACCAUGUUGGUCUGAUUAUUCCAACAAAUCGGCCUGUGAAGAUGAUUUAUGUAAAACUAUUGUACGAUGUCUUGUAGAAGCAGAUCAAGAUGGUUUUCAAAGCAUCGCCAUUCCUUCAAUAUCAUCAGCUAUUUUUGGAGUACCUAAGAAUAUCUGUGCCCAUAUGUAUGCAAAGGCAGUGAAAAGUUUUGAUGCAGUUUAUCCUGUGUCCAAUUUAAGGGAAAUCUAUUUUGUUGAUCUCCUAGAUGGAAUGGUUUCAAUGGUUCAGACUGGUUUUGACAUGUUUUUUACUGAAGAGGAUGAUGAUGAUUUGAUAAAAGAAGAAAUUGAAAGAUUUAUUAAAGAGAUUACUUGUAAGGCUGCUGUACAGCAACCAGAAAGGGAGAUAACCAACAAUAAACCACAUAUAACCUGUACCUUACAUUCUAUUAUUACUCUACACAUCUACCAAGCAGCACUUUUAUCAACUAAAACAGAUUCUGUUACAACUUGGGAAGAUACUAAAAUGACUAAUUUUAAGGCUUCUGCUAAAAAGAUCAUCAACGCAGCGGGGGGUGAUUACAAAGAAGAAAGGUCAAAGGUGAGAUCAGACGGGGGUUUUAAGGCUGGAUCUGUAUUAAUUACUUCGGCAGGAUGUUUACCAUACCAACAUAUUUACCAUCUUAUUUCAUCAAUUAAACCAGGCCGGAAAGAAAUAGAUGUUUUACUGGAUAAUCUGGUAAAAGAAAUUAGUAUGACAACAGAUGCAUCAUUUACAAUAGAUAUUGGAAACAUUGAUGCUGAUGUUCUGUUCACCUCUCUGGUAAACCUGUUUAAAACAGCCAAGCCAUCCACAUUAAAAGAGAUACAUUUAGUUGCUGAUUCUGAAGAUAAAAUAAAGAAGCUUCAGAUUAACUAUGAAGAUUACAUAAAACAACUUGGGGGAAUUGUUAAAAUAUCGGAUACAAAAUGUCCAAUAUGUUUAGAUGAAAUUACUGACAUUAAAGCGCUGCCUUGUGGACAUACAUUUUGUGCAGAAUGUGUAGAUGCAGCAAUUGAGAAGAACCCUGUCUGUCCGAUUUGUCAUAUUAAUGCUUAUGGUGAAAUACAAACAGGAUACCAACCUGAUGGUAAAAUGGAACACAAUAUUUUACACACUCAUCUUGAAGGUUUUCCUCAUUGUGAUACCACAGAGAUACUUUAUUCCUUCAACGAUGGUAUUCAGUCGGCGAACCACCCAAGACCUGGCUACCCGUUUAAAGGUAAAACAGAGACAGCCUAUUUACCUGAUAAUACGGAGGGUAGAGUAAUCUUAAAGUUAUUAAAACUAGCGUUUGAUAGAAGAUUGAUAUUUACCGUGAGUUCAGGUGUGACGUCAUCACCUGGUAGAGAGUUUGUAACAUGGAGUAACAUACCACAUAAAACCAGACAAGAUGGUGGACCAGAAAGUAAUGGCUACCCAGAUCCAGCAUAUUUGACUCAAGUAAGAAAGGCUCUCUAUACUAGAGGUGUGGUAAUUGUGAGACGAGAUAGCACUGGACCUGUCGACCGGAAUAGCGAGUACUUGGCACAAAACAGUGAAACUAGUAAACCAAAGAGAACAGAUUUAUUGCCAAGCGAUCCUAUAUGUAAAGAAAACUUUAAAGACGCAGAUGAACUGAUUGAAGAGUUACAGAGAUACCAAAACACAGAGAUAACAGUUAAGGCAGAUACCAGAUUUAGCCUUGAGGAUUUACGGUCUCUGGACGGUAAAAACUGGUUACAUGAUAAGAUUAUAGACGCCUACUUAAGUUUACUUAGUGAAGAUGAAAAGCAACAUGGCAAUAAUAUUUAUGUAAUUCCAACUUACAUAGCAGCGCUGAUGUUAGAAGAACAUUAUGAUCAAUGUAUGUCAUCUUUAGAAAAUGUAAAACUAAACGACUAUACCUGGAUAUUUAUGCCUGUUAAUACCCGUCACCAUUGGGUUUUACUUGCUGCUAAUAUUACACAAGGGAGAGUAUCAUUACUCGAUUCUCUUCAGUAUGGAGAUACUGAUAUUGUAGAUAGAUGGAGUAAAUUCAUGAGGUUUCGUACAGAAACAACUGGUGAACUGAACAUUAACUGGGUUGAAUGUAACGAUUGGGUUUCCAGUAAACAGAGAGAUUUAGCAACUUGUGGACCGUUUGUUUUAUUGAAUGCUCUAGCCAUAUCUAGAAAUAUUAACCCCCAGUGCUUAAAUAAUGAGCAUGCUAAACUAAUGCGGAAAUUGGUUUAUCACAGAAUUACUUUCCCUGAAAAUCAGGUCGCUGCUAACAGUGGAAUCAAAGGAAAUGAACGAUGAUGUUGGAGCCUUGAACUCUUUUAUACAUGCACUUUAAUUAUAUCUUUUUGGACAUUAUUUACUGUGAAGUUUAUUUUACAAUUUAGGUAUUGGGGGUCUAGUGGUUUUACGCAUGAGCGUUGGAUCAUAAGGUCUGUCAUUGAAUCAAGCAACAUGGUUUUGAUUCCCUGCUUGUACUUGACAAGGAGUAAUCAAGGUCGUGUGUCCAUCCUCGUAGGUUUUCUCCGGUUUUUCCGGUUUCUUUCCACUACUAAAGACCCCUAUGCACAGGCGAUUUAUUAAAAUUAAAUUCAACCAUAUAUUAGUCCCGAAAUGACCUUGUUUGUGUCGCGUUGACAUUAAACUCCUUCCUCUCUCUCUCUCUCUCUCUCUUUCUCUCUUGAACGAGGCAGAGCUACAGUUUUUGGCGGAUUCUUUUCAAAUUUGCAGUUAAGCAUUGUGGUCAUGGGAGGACGAAUCAUAUCGAUGUUCAGUGCGGAGGGGUGUCUAUCAAAUGGGCACAAAAUCAGACUCAACUUUUCUAUAGUAAAAUUUCGCGUAGAAUACGAUGCCGGGGGGUAAUCAGUCCGCCGUUGGGUUUCGAGAUAUUUGGGGUCAAAUGAGUUCAUUUGCACUGAAAGUGAAUGCGCAGCCAUUUUUGCAUCGUGCAAAUAAGCAGAAAAUGAUCGAAAGUUAUCAUCCUUUCAAUAAAAAUGUAAACUUGCUGAAUUCACCCUUGUUCUUUGUGACCCCGGAGGUCAAAAGGUGAAAUUUUCCAUUUUAGCACUAGGAAGAUUUAAAGCAAUAAAUAUCACCGUAAAAUAUAAAAACUAAAGCGAUACCUGUUCUAAUUAAAAUGUAUCUUUAGGUGGUCUUAUCACCGAACUUUUACUUUGGAACGUCGAAAAAGGUUUUGCAUAACAGAACCAAAAUACUUCGAAACCUGUUACAAAAAUACGUAAAAACUGUCAAAUCAAAACCUCUCCGAAUUAGUUUUACAACGAAUGCUAUACAUAAUGAUACCAGUUGUCUGAAAAAAAAAUGAAUAGUUUCACGGCUGGAGUCAAACCAUGAAACUAUUCAGUUGUAGUUUUCGCGUGGUUUUUUUGCCCCAUAUUUUAUGUGGGUUUAUAUUAUCGUCGUCCCUGUCCGUCAAUCCGUCGUAAACUCAAAAUUCACUGACUGAGAUUGAGGCAGACUAUGGUCAAACUCAAACUUCCCAUCAAUCCUAAGGAGGUUUCCAAUCGAAAUGAAAUGAAAUGAAAUGGGGUUUUGUUUAACGUGCUUCUGUUCUACUCCGAACUGGGCUAAUGAAGACGGGUUCCCCAUCGAAUCUCACCCACUGCCCUUAUCACACAUAUCUUGAACAGGUUUUUGGCACAUUUGACCAAUUUCACCAAAUUGGGCCCGCACUCGAAAGGGGCGACGCAGCUCAUCAAUUUAAAAAAUUUCAAGGCAAUCUGGCUAUUUUCAGGUAUUGGUGGCUACAAGAAAAAUAGAGAAAUAGUCAUUCAUAUUUUUGAAUAUUUCUGACUAUUUUAGAACAUGCUAACGAAAUAAUCCAACUAAAGCUGUAACUUCGGGCCUCCCAAUUGGCCCCCGCAUUUUCUACAAUCAGCUCUGUAAGAAGGAACAAUAUUGGACGUCAGAUUCGUUAAUCAAUUUUAUUGGUUGUUAAAGCCCCUGGCACUGAAAACUUGAAAGCUAUCCCCCAGAAAGCUGUUGGUUUGUGUAUAUUCGAUACCUGAUAGCACUAUGUUACAUUUAUGUAAAAUUUAUUAAAUAAUGCAUUGUCUUGUCUUCCUGGUAGUGUUAUGUGAAAAUCUGAUGAAUACUAAUUAUAUCAAUAAUUGUGAUUUAAACGACCAACUACAAGGCCCACUUUUCAUGUACAUGUUUUGAACAGCAAGAAUACAUCGGAUAAUGUUCUUGCGCGAUUUUUUGGUAUUUCCCUAUAUACAGAAAAUCGCUGAAAAGUUGGAGGAACCCUACGUAUAUGACGUCAUAAUUCAGGAGUUCUUUUUACAGCCUAGGAGGUUUCCCAUCGAAAUGAAAUGAAAUGAAAUGGGGUUUUGUUUAACGUCCUACUGUUCUGCUCCGAAUUGGGCUAAUGAAAACGGGUUCCCCAUCGAAUCUCACUUAUGUCCCUUAUCACACAAAUCUUGAACAGGUUUUUGGCACAUUUGACCAAUUUCACCAAAUUGGGCCCGCACUCGAAAGGGGCGACGCAGCUCACCAAUUUAAAAAAUUUCAAGGCAAUCUGGCUAUUUUCAGGUAUUGGUGGCUACAAGAAAAAUAGAGAAAUAGUCAUUCAUAUUUUUGGAUAUUUCUGAUUAUUUCAGAACAUGCUAACGAAAUAAUCCAACUAAAGCUGUAACUUCGGGCCUCCCAAAUUGGACUGGAAU